AUGAAAAGCUUGCCGUUCAACUUCUAUCAGGUCGGAAUACUAUGCGCGCUACCGCUGGAGAAGGCUGCUGUCGAAGCAGCUCUCGACGAAGAGCACGAGCGGCCUCAGGGAAUACCUCAAGAAGAUGAGCACAGCUAUACGUUUGGGCAAGUUGGGGCGCACUAUGUGGUAAUUGCAUGCCUGCCUGAUGGCAUGACUGGGAAAGCAUCGGCUGCGAAAGUGGGCACAGAUGUUAUGCGGACAUUCCAUAUCAAGGUUGGGUUGAUGGUGGGCAUCGGGGGUGGAGCACCCAGCAAGGCCAACGACAUCCGUCUGGGGGAUGUUGUCGUAGGUAGGCCGCAGGGAACUCAUGGUGGCGUCGUUCAAUAUGACUUUGGAAAAGAACUGCCGAAUGGCUUCUCGCGCACGGCGAUGUUGAGCAAGCCUCCUCCUGCGCUUCUCAGCGCCCUAGCUGGACUGCGAGCGAAACAUGAGCGGCCGAAGUGGAACAAGAUGCCCGAGCACCUGGCCAAGAUUGUAGAAGAAAUGGGACCAGAAUAUCGAUUCCCUGGAGCCAACAACGACGUACUUUUCGAGUCCACGUAUGACCAUGUUGGAGGACCCGAGGCAGCAUGCGACGGGGUUCCCUCAUCUGAGCACUGUGAUAUCAGCAGAGUCGUGAAAAGGCCAGAGCGCAAGAAUCCUUCAAUACCUGUCAUACAUUAUGGCAACAUUGCAUCUGCCGACAAAGUCAUGCGACAUGCGCCGGAGCGCGAUCGCAUUGCGAAAGAGCUUGGCGCUCUAUGCUUCGAAAUGGAAGCGGCUGGGCUUGAUGAAAACUUCCGGUGUAUGGUCAUUCGAGGUAUAUGCGACUACUCCGACUCCCACAAACACAAGGGGUGGCAACGGUAUGCGGCGUCUGCUGCUGCAGCUUUCGCAAAAGAAUUCUUGGGUUUCGUAGUGCCGCAAGGUCUCGAUGAAAUGAAGCCCGCGUUGAGUUUGCACGACAAAACAAAUCUCGGUUUGACUCAGUUUGGUGGCUUGACGGCUCGUCAAGGUCUUCACUACAGCAGUCCCUGGCAGAAUCAGCGUCGAGAGCGUUGGGAAUUAUGGUGA